AUGUCACGCGGAAACCAUGCUGGAAAUUCCACCAGCGAGGAUCAGCUGGGCAUCAGGGUCACGGACAACAACAAUGAGAUUCUGUUCAAGAUCAAGAAGUCCACUCCGCUCGAUAAUGUCAUGCAAGCGUUCUGUGGACGUCAAGGCAAGAAAGUCAACGUGGUCCGGUUCUUGUUUGAAGGACAGCGUGUUCAACCGACUGAUAGUCCCGAUAGCCUCGGAAUGGUUGAUGGCGAUUCUCUCUCGGUCCACCAGGAGCAGGUUGGGGGCUUCUAUGGCCAACAUUUGUGA